UGUGUGUGUGUUUUCCGACCAGCUGAAAAUGGCGGCUCUGAGCGUCGAAUCGCUCUAACUUUAUCGCACAAUAACAAACAUAACAACACACGCAGCCGGUAUCAGGUAACAUGGAGAGGAACUUGACGCGGAGACUUCGGAGGCCUUAGCUGGGGACAUUACUUUGACCACGACGUCUCCGACGAAGGUAAAACGCAGAGAAACCAUGGACGACCCUCACACACGGUACAGCAAGCGUCUGCGCACCGGUACGCGGCGUCGAUAUCAAGACGAUGGCAUCUCAGAUGACGAAAUCGAAGGGAAGCGGAUGUUUGACCUGGAUGAAAAGUUGGUGUGUCAGAGGUUCGGCUCAGACUUGGUCAGACUCAUGCACGGCAAAGAUUUCACAUUUGAAUACAUCCAGAGGGAAGGGCUCAGGGAUCCCAUUAUCUUUGAGAAAGCUGAUGGCCUUGGCCUACAAAUGCCAGACUCAGAUUUCAGUGUGAGUGACGUGAAGUUGUUUGUGGGGAGUCGGCGCAUCGUAGAUGUGAUGGACGUGAACACGCAGAAGGGAAUUGAAAUGUCGAUGGCUCAGUGGCGACGUUACUACGAGACGCCUCCAUCGGAAAGAGAAAAACUAUACAAUGUCAUCAGCUUGGAGUUCAGCCACACCAGGCUGGAGAAUCUGGUCAAACGUCCAGCUUCGGUGGACCUGAUUGACUGGGUGGACAACAUGUGGCCCCGACAUCUCAAAGAGAGACAGAGAGACUCCACUAAUGCAAUCAUAGACAUGCAUUAUCCCAAAGUACAGAAAUACUGUCUCAUGAGUGUGCAGGGCUGCUUCACAGACUUUCACAUUGACUUUGGAGGCACUUCGGUCUGGUACCACGUCCUACGAGGAGGAAAGGUCUUCUGGCUGAUUCCUCCGACGCCACAGAACCUGGACAUGUAUGAGAAUUGGGUUUUAUCAGGAAAACAAGGAGACAUCUUCCUGGGAGACAAGUGUCACGACUGUCAGAGGAUCGAGCUGAAAAAAGGCAACACGUUCAUCAUUCCUUCAGGGUGGAUUCAUGCCGUUUACACACCAGAGGACACCUUGGUGUUUGGGGGGAAUUUCCUCCACAGCUUUAACAUCCCCAUGCAGCUUAACAUCUACAACAUAGAGGACCGCACACGAGUGCCAGCAAAGUUUCGCUACCCAUUUUAUUAUGAGAUGUGCUGGUAUGCCCUGGAAAGAUACCUGUACUGUCUCACCAACAUCUCCCACCUCACCCCUGAGUUCCAAAAAUACUCCCUCGGUAUAGGAUUGACCCCAGCUGACCUUGAAGCCAGGAAUGGCACCUCCAAUGGAAUUGACAGUGAUGAUGAAAAUGAAGAGAUAAAAAUCAAGGUGGAGGAAGAUAUGGAAGUCAAAGAGGAACCAGUGACUCCAUUUAACACACGUGUCCACGUGCUAACCCCGUUCGAGCUGGAAGGGCUGUGGAACCUUCUGGGGAAGCUGGAGGAGCUGCCACCUCAUAAAAAGUGUGUCCCCGAAGGGAUCAACAACGCAGCCGCUCUGCUUCAGGACAUGAGGGCUGUUUUGAGUGAACGUGCCAGCGACAACCUAAACCAAGCUUACACUGGAGAACCGAUUGUCAAAUGGCCCAAAAGGCCGUCAUGGUAUCAGCCCCCGACUCCCCCUCCACCUGUCCUCUAUCGUCCUCGCCUGGCCCCCGCUCUCCACAAGCCUCUGGGCCAGCGACCAAACAAACGCUGUUCCAUUAACGCUCUGAGGCGCAGGCGAGUGAGGUGCAAACGCUGUGCCGGCUGCUGCAGGAAGGAGUGCGGCUCCUGUCAGGCCUGCCAGGACAUGAGGAAGUUUGGUGGGUCUGGGCGAAUGAAGAAGGGCUGCAUGAUGAGACAGUGCUUAACGCCCGCCUUACCGAACACAGCUCGUUGUGCCGUAUGUGGCGAGGGCGAAGGUGAUGAGUCAGGUCUGAGCGCCCUUUCUCUCAUGGAGUGCUCCGCUUGUUCACAAAUAGUCCAUCGUCGGUGCGUAAAGGAACCCGGUGAGGGGAAGAUCAAUAAGGACUUACCCAGCUGCUGGGAAUGUCCCAAAUGUUACCAAGGCAAAGGCUCAGGAUCAGAGUCUUCCAGUGACGAGGAAAGCGCCGAGUCAGAGAGCUCCGCCAACUCGCAACCACCUUCCAAACUUUCAUACCGGGAGAGCAUCGGCGAAGGAGCCAGACGCGGGAGACGCUCGAGACCGCCGGGCCGACCCACAGCGCCACCGCCUUCGCAGAAACUGCUACUGCAACAUCAACAGAACCGAAAAAGAGCAAGUGCACUGGAGCAAAGACUGAGGAAAAGGAUAAAGCUGGAACGGAGCAAGCUCUUAACGAAACAGUCAUGUAUAGAUCGGACCUCCAGACUGCUGAAUUCCAGGGUGCUUUCCCGGCUGCACUCCCCAGCCGGCAGGCCGCCCCAGGGUCGAGGCCGGGGCUCCUCCUGGGCCAGUGGCUCCCCUUACCGUACCGCUCCAGGAAGAACUGAACCCGACAGGCAGCAGCAGUCUUCCAACGGCCUCCAUCUGGAGCCCAAAGGGGAGACUCGCCGGGGGCGGGGCCGAGGCGUGCGGCUGCGGGGCGGCGGAGCCGGCCGGGGGAUCCGGAGUGGCCGAAGUCACCCGGGCAUCGAGGAGGAGAGCGAGGACAGCAGCAGCAGCAGCACCAACAGCAGCAGCAGCGACGAGGAGGAGGAAGAGGAGAGCCGGCAGAACGGCGCGAGGGGAGUCGAUAAAGAGAACCAGCCACAGUCACGGCGAGGAGGACUGGCAGCCAAAGACAGAGAGGACGACGGGAGCGAGGUGGCCAACCAAAACGGAGCAGAGGAGGAGGAGGACGAGGAAACGGAGCAGGACAGUCAGGUGGACAAAGAGGACUCGUAUCUUAAAGUGACUCUUCAAAGACCAACCCGAGCCAAACAGGACCCAUCAGCCAUUGUCCCCAGGUUGGAGGCUAUUGCCCCUCAAACCUCCGCAAUACACAACCAGAACAGAACCCUUGUCAGACCCCCCAUCAGAAAUGGCGGGCCCUGUCCCGAUCAACACCCAAAUAAAUACACCCCCCCUCUCACUCGCAGCGGAAACACAUUCUCUCGCACCUCCUCGGAGAGACUCGACCCCUCUAUGAGGGGGGCACUUCGGAGGCCACCUAAGCUAAAUAACGGCGCUUCCUCGUCUUCGUCAUCCGAGCUUCCCCACCUGCGAGUCCCGCUGUCCGCCCUGCAGGACGGAGGCGCCGAGGCGGAGCGGGAAGGCAUCGGGAGCGGCCCGGGCUGCGAAAGAGAGGUGUGGGUGUCCGUCUUCCGCUAUUUAAGCCGAGCAGAUCUCUGCGUGUGCAUGGCCGUCUGCAAGAACUGGUACAAAUGGUGCUUAGACAAGCGGCUAUGGUCACGGAUUGACCUCAGUAUCAAACGCACCGUCACUCCUCAGGCGCUAACAGGCAUCAUAAAGAGACAGCCGGUCACACUCGACCUCUCCUGGACCAACAUCUCCAAAAAACAGCUCAACUGGCUCAUCGGGCGCCUUCCUGGGCUGAAGGAUCUGAUGCUGGCAGGUUGCUCCUGGUCUUCUAUUUCAGCCCUCUGCUCCUCCGGUUGCCCUCUCCUCCGUUCUCUUGACCUGCGAUACGCCGACGGCGUCAAAGAUUCCCAGAUCAGGGAGCUCGUCAUUCCUCCAGGCUGUGACAACCGCAGCCCGCUGCGAGCCAUGCACUGUCUGCGACUAGCAGGUCUGGACAUCAGCGACGCCACGCUGCGGCUGGUGAUCCGCCACAUGCCCCAUUUAACAAAACUGGAUCUCUCCCACUGCAAUAGCCUCACCGACCACUCCAUCAACCUGCUGACUGCAGUGGGCUCAUCCACCAGAAACACACUCGCAGAGCUCAACCUGGGAGGUUGCAGUAAACUGACAGACACGUGUCUGAAGUAUCUCCGCCGCUUGUCCUGCAUCUCACUGCUGGACCUGCGAGGCUGUAAAGGCGUCUCACGCAAGGCCUGCGAAGCGUUCAUCACCGAGCUGUCCGUCAACGCGCUCUACUGCCUAUCCGAUGACACGCUGAUCCAGCGGAUAUCCUAAGCGGCCCGCCCUCUCGCGCAAGCAGAGGUGACCGAAGACGCAGCGGCAGCAGGGAGUGGAUCCUGACGUGAAUCUGUGCAGCACGAAGGACACGGAGAGGCGGGGAAGCUACCAAGCACCUGUGUCGCGUGGAAGGAGGGGGUGGGGUCUUACCUAGGAAGGGCUUUCUGACUUGGCUGCUGUCCUGACCGGCUGUCGCAGCUUCUUCUCCAUACUUUGUUUCCCGUGUACUUAAAGAGACUCAGGAGCUUUUUUUUUUUUAAUGUUGUUGCUGUUAAUUUGGGAGUUCUAUUAUGUGACGAAAGCACAUCUUUGCCAACAGCGAGGGAGCGUGUGGGUUAUUAAUUAGCUGUAUCCGAUAACGCAUCCUGUGGAUAUCCAACUUGUCGGCUCCUCUCUGGACAGAUGCCAGGCCCGACUGCCAUCAGGAGCUCCUGCCCGGCGAAGCAAAAGCAAAGACUUUGAGUUUCAGUUAGCUUCUGUUUGGCCGAUCCUGCAUAAAUUCUUAUUUAUCUUUUUCACAUCAGGGGGCUUCACGUAGGGAUUUUCUUGUCAGGGACAGAAAUGAGUAGUCUGAUAACUUAUGCUUUGCGCACAGCAGCUAUGCGUUGAGAUUUUGACAACUAAAGAUUUAAAAAAAAAAACGAACAUCAGAUGUGGAAAAGCUAGAAACUGUGGACACGGGUUGGAUAUCCAGUGUUUCAAGUCAGGAGUCCAGCUGUGUACUUGAGAAGUACACACGGAUCGUGCAAGACGAUAAAAAGACUGUGAGUAGGCAAUCAGCGUGGACGAGAGACCUCACCCCAGCGAAGGGCCGGUUGCGUUGUGUCAAAAGGAGGUGCUGGAUCAAUGGUGCAUUUUUUUUUUUUUUUUUUUUUUUCCUUCAAACAACCGAUAGACUUCAGGUGCUGUUAUUUCCAAACUCGUCUGUUUUGCGUUUGUACAGAGACAUUUAGAGCAAAAAUAUUCUAGAUGAAACUGCUCCUCGACCGUUUGAUACGCUUUCGUUUAUUUACAUAGGUAUAAAGAAGAAAAAUGAAAGAAAAUUAUCUACUUUUCACUCAGCUUUGUCAGAUUCAGUUUAGAGAGAUGUAUCAUUGUGUUUGGGGGUCUGCUCAGUUUUUGUUCCCUUCAAGUGUUCUGGCUCUGAAAAGGCCUUUCCUGGACUGCUCUGCUGGCCUUGUUCCUAAAAAAAAAAAUGAAUAUGUUUAUAAAUAUAUACUUUUGUGUAAAUGUGUUUUCCUCUUUAGAUGACGGGAACUCUGUAGCAUUGUAAUUAUUUCCAGAAGCCUUUUUCACUUUAUGUUAUUUGUGUUAUUUUUCAAGAAAAAUAAAAACAAUUGUUCAA